AUACUGCCAAGAAAGCCUCACUUGUGAAUACUGGCUCUAGGACAUUAAACCAACCUGUGAUAUCAGCUUCCUCAUCAUCUUUGCCAGCAUCGCCAAUCAUGCUACAGACCAGUUCCUUAAUCAACCCAGCAGUUGUCCCAUUAGUGCACAUAAGACCAAGUUUACAACAAGGCAUCAACUACCAGUUGAAUGAGCUGUUUCUACGAUCAUCUUCUUUGUCACCACGAGGAAAUACAGUUCCUAACCAGACGUUCACACCUGCUGUCAAUUCAACAGAAAGAACAUUUUCAGUCAGGCCUCCUAACCCAAUAUUUUUACCAGGAGGAACAACUAGUCAGACUUUACAUUCAGUGAUCCCUCCAUGUCAGAGUGGCAGUGUUGCAUUCACACAACCUCCUCCUCCUAUUUCCUUCUCUGGUUAUAAUGGGGUCCUGACGUAUCCACCUCCCAUGUUUAAUGCUUCUGCGAUAGUUUCCAAUGGCCCUUAUCACCACAGUGAGCUGGGUUAUCAGCCAUCACCUGCAGCGUAUGCUUCAAGCUCAGUGGGAGCUGCUAGAAACUUCAAUGUCUACGGGGUAUCCCACACAGGAGCGGCAGCUGUACAUUCAAGUACUAGCAGUACAGCCCAUACUCCUAGUCCAGCUUCUGCAACAACCGAUGUAAAGUCUCAGUCCACCAUCAGUGCCUCCAUCCAGCAACAUAAACUUACCAAUGAGCCCAAAUCAGCAAAUAUUCUGGACAGCCCCCAGAAUUCAGAGUCUGAUGGAAAUAAAAAAAGAAGAAGAAGACGAAGGAGAAGAUCUAGGACUAAACAAGGGAGCAGAGAAACUGAAGAAGCAGAAGAAGGCAGUGAUGGCUCUCAGAUUCAAGGACGAGCACUUUCCAGCUCCGCAGUCUCAGGGUCUGUCCUACAUUUUGAAGAUGAGGAUGAGUUUCCAGACCUGCUGACCUCAACAUCUCAUGGACAUCCUGAAGGUCUUGACGGACAUGAAAGGUCAACACUGUCUGGGGCUUCCAUCACAUACAGUGAUAUCCUGAAAUCG